AUGGCUUCUUCUUCUUCUCUCGUUCGCAUCAUCCUCAAGCAAAGGUCUUCUUCACAUGCUGCUCUUGCUGCAUGCAACCACCCCACCAUGCGGAGGUUCUUCUCCACAACAGCAACCAUAGUUGAUUCUCCUUCUCUUGCUCAGAGAAUCAGAGAGUUGCCUAAGGACCUCCCGGGAACCAACAUUAAGAAGCAUGUUUCUCAGCUGAUUGGGAGGACUCCACUGGUUUAUCUUAACAAAGUCACCGAAGGAUGUGGAGCAUAUGUUGCUGUCAAACAAGAGAUGAUGCAGCCUACGGCCAGCAUCAAAGACAGGCCAGCAUUUGCAAUGAUCACAGAUGCUGAGAAAAAGAAUCUGAUAAGUCCUGGAAAGACAACUCUGAUUGAGCCUACAUCCGGAAAUAUGGGUAUCAGCAUGGCAUUUAUGGCUGCCAUGAAGGGAUACAAGAUGGUUUUGACUAUGCCCUCUUACACAAGCUUGGAAAGAAGGGUGACCAUGAGAGCAUUUGGAGCUGAAUUAAUCCUCACUGAUCCAACCAAAGGAAUGGGAGGAACAGUAAAGAAGGCGUAUGAACUUUUGGAAAACACACCAAAUGCUUUCAUGCUGCAACAAUUUUCAAACCCUGCCAAUACACAGGUGCAUUUUGAAACAACAGGUCCUGAAAUAUGGGAGGAUACAAAUGGACAAGUUGACAUAUUUGUCAUGGGAAUAGGUAGUGGAGGUACGGUCUCUGGGGUUGGACAGUAUCUUAAGUCCAAAAAUCCUAAUGUUAAGAUAUAUGGAGUGGAGCCAAGUGAAAGCAAUGUGCUGAAUGGUGGUAAACCUGGUCCUCAUCAUAUAACUGGCAAUGGAGUUGGAUUCAAACCAGACAUAUUGGAUAUGGAUGUAAUGGAAAAAGUUCUUGAAGUUAGCAGUGAAGAUGCAGUUAACAUGGCUAGGGUGUUGGCCUUGAAGGAAGGACUCAUGGUAGGGAUAUCAUCUGGAGCUAACACAGUUGCAGCACUCAGAUUGGCUCAGCUGCCUGAAAAUAAAGGCAAGCUUAUUGUGACUGUUCAUCCCAGCUUUGGUGAACGAUACCUGUCAUCUGUCCUGUUCCAAGAACUUCGUCAGGAAGCUGAAAACAUGCAGCCAGUAGCAGUUGAUUAA